CUUAUAGUUAUAUUAAGCUCCUACUAAGAUUUGAUUGUUUACAAGAAAACACCCUCAUCGACCGAAGCCAAAUAAACAAUGUGACGUCACUGCGGCUAAAAAUACUUCAGACGAAAGCGAGGCUGCUGGUCCACGCAAUGUUUCCGUAGACAGUAUACAGGGUUGAGAGGUGGGAGCGAGUUGGUUGUGGUGUGGCUGUGUUCGAAAGAGCUGCUUUUUGUCAGCUUUACGAGGCCGGGUAAUUAAUAUUCUGUGUGUAUUUGUUACCAGGAACAAAACAGGGACAGAAAUGAGCGAAAACACGGCCGACGUGUUGGUCGGAAAGAGCGAUGACGCAGCCAGUAUUGACGACAAGUCAUACGACCACGCGGGUAGCCCGACCGAUUCGGAAACGACAACAUUGAAGCUCCCGCUGCUUCGUGUCGAGCAACUCAAGGACGAAAACGACACCAACAGCAACUUUUCCUACACGAGCGAAGACGACUGCGGCAGCCAUGCGUCCGAAGACGGGGACCACACACCCGAAAACGCGGACGGGGAUUUCGAGCCACCGGACGAUGAACUUCGGGACAAGAUCAUAAAACAAGUGGAGUUCUACUUCUCCGACGCCAAUCUGCUGAAAGACGCCUUCUUGCUGAAACAUGUGCGAAGAAACAAACUUGGGUAUGUCAGUUUAAAACUUAUCACGUCGUUUAAGAAGUUAAAAUCCAUGACAAAGGACUACCGGGUGGUCGCGUACAGCCUGCGACAGUCGGAAUGUUUGAGAGUGAACGAAGAGGGCACGAAGGUGUGUCGGAAAGAUCCGCUUCCGGAGUUUGACGAAACGACGCCUUCGAGAACUGUGGUGGCAGUGAACCUACCGACUGAAAACCCCACCAUGGAAACUGUCGCGGAAAUUUUCUCAAAAUGUGGGGAUAUAGCGCUGAUUCGUAUAAUACGUCCAGGUAAGAGUUUACCCCCAGAUGUCAAGAAGCACAGUACGCGACACCCGGAAAUUGGGAACACAGUGUGUGCGGUUGUGGAGUUUGAAAAGUAUGAAUAUGCAAAAGCAGCCUGUGAUAUGACGAGCAAUGAAGACUGGAGGAAUGGCCUGCGUGUUAUGGCUCUGGCCACGCCGAAAAAGAAGGAAAAAAAGACAAUGUCCAACGACAAAAAGGAUGAUGUGUCGCCCGAUGACGAAGAGAAAGCAGAAAAAAAGAAAAGAAAACGUGGCGGACGGAAGAAAAAAUCUCGUGUUGAUGAACUGGUUGGUGAUUCCUCUUGCUGUAGCAGUAGUGGAUCGGAAACCGAACCCAUCGUCAUUAUGUCGAGACUAAAUCCAAAAGCAAAAGAGUUCGACCCAAACCGCCUAAGUCCUACCCCAUCGCCCAGAUCUUCACCUAGAACUACACCAAAAACUAGUCCGAGAACCCAACGUCGAAACAAGGGAGCUCACGGUAAGUCUCCGCUAGCAGAACUAAGUCCUGGAGAUCUAAAACCGAGUCCAAGAAGCAGUCCUGAGAUUAGUCGCAAGCAUCUCGAUUCCUCGGGACCGGACAGCACUCCGUCCAGUCCAUGGGUCCAGCGACGGCUCAAGGCCGCACAGGAAAUGAAAGAGAAAAGUCCCAACCAAAGCCCAUGUAUGGGCAGGAGAAAUGUUGUCGGUACUCCGAAAAUGUUGGACAUGGAAGGUGUAUUGCGGUUGCCACGGGGACCGGAUGGUUCCGAGGGAUUUUACAGUGGAUUGGGGCGGGGUAAGCCCCGAAGUAACACUGUAUGCUAGACGGAGACUGUUGCAGGGCCAGUAAUGUGAUUCAGUCAGAUGUUUUAUUUUGCUGUGUUUAUUUUUAUAAAAGUGAAAACACAUGGUUCAGGCAAACCUUGUUGACAUUUUAAAAUAGUUAUCAUGGUUAAUAAUAUAUUUUUGUUUGUUUAUUUUAAUUUGCAGUUAGAGAUUUAACUGUAAAAUUUAAAAUAGCCUAAUUUCUACAUUUUGUGUUUUAUGUUUGUGAUGAUAUUUUGGGGGUUGAAUGUACUUUAAUAACAACAUCGUUAUGGUACAAGUAGGUUGUUUUUGUUUUUUUAAAUUAUUAUUAUUUUUAAAAUGAUUAAAUUAUGAACUACAAUAUGAGUACUUGCUUGACAGUUUUGGUUAAAUACAAGAAGUAACUUUUAAAGUAUGCAUUUAUCUUUUUAGGUACUUCUAUGACCAAUAAAGACAUUUACAUUUUAUUCAGUCCAGUUUAUUAUCCAUUGCUAUAAAAAGAACUGCUGAAAAGACUGAUGUAUUUGUAAUUGUUAAUCUUAAUUAUGCUGACCUACAUUCAUUUAUUAUUGGUCAUUUGUGACAACCACAAGUCACAGACUGGAACAUAACAACUAUUUUGAACCCUGUUAAAAGUAUAAAUUUAUGUUGGAUUUUAAGUUAUUGUUGAUCUAGUUUUUACUUCAUUUAUUUUGCUUAUUUUAAUGAUUUAUGUGUUUGGUGUGUGUCCAUGUACACUGAAUGUAGUGUGAACAAUUGUGGACAUAAGUCUUAAGUUGGUCAAAUUAAAAUGUUGUACAAAACAGUG